CUUCAUCGUCAUGGAUUCAGUGACUCACUCACUCAUCAUUUUCGUCUUCAUCUUCAGUUAGCGAGUGAGAAAGUGAGUCUAUUGAGUUUAACUUUAACUUGCAUAUCGAAACAAUCUUGAAAGGAAAAGAGAAACAAAACAAAAAAGCAAAUAAAGAAAAGCCAAACACAAAAAAACAAUGUUGGUCAAUGUUUUUUACCACUUCUAUUACAACUAUUUUGAUUAUUAUGAUUAUGAUUAUUUUAUUAAUGAUAAUUUAAAGGUAUGAGAUGAUAUUAAUUUGCAAGAAAGGUACUUUAUUGAUUGUUUGAUACAUUAUUUUGGUGUUGAAUGUUUAAUGCUACAGCCAACAGUCAACAACCAACAAGUAUGCAAAUAUGGAUCCAGGAUUAUGAUUCAAUUAUAUUACAAUUGUGUCAAAUUGUUACUCCUUUUACAAUAAUACAAGUUUCCUUUUGUUUUUUAUUGGCCAUCAAUGAAUCGACCAAUUUGAUCUGAUCAUUCAAUCGCUUCUAUUUGCUGUUCAAUUUCAUUCUGUUGCUCAUUCGUUAUUUUUCAUUUCUCUUUUUAGUGCCUAAUACUAAAAAUUAAUUAAUCUGUGCAACUAAACAAUGACAACAACUAAUGUUAUUAUAAUUGUUUCAACGAUCCUCACUGUGAUAAAGUAAACCUUUAUUUACAAAUUGUUUACCUCAAAUUUACCCUUUCAUUUUCAUUUUUGUAAUUCAUUACAAUUCCUGCCAACAGCUUGAUCAGUGUUUGUGUCUUUUCAUGUGUAUGCGUGUGCAUUUUUGCUAUACAUAGGAUUGUCAAUCCAGAGUGUUGGCUGGUCUUCAAUCCGAAUAUGUAUGAUUUGAGAAAAAACAAGUGGAUUGUGAUGACAAGUGAAAUUGUUGACAUCGACAUUGAUUCCAAUGGAUUUUAACUUUCGAUUGUUUUAAUCGUCACAGCUCUUCCUUCCUUCCUUAUUCAUCUUCUUCUUCUUUUCCCAUUUUUCGGCUUAUUAACAAUGUCCUAUGCUCUUCGAGCAGGAAAUAGUGAUAGGUCAACUGAUAUCGCAGCUGAACCAGGUUCGUUUGGUGUUGGACCCAGUUCAAUUGGACUCUCAAUUGAAGCUGGUUACCAAUCAGCUCAUCACUCACCACUUCAUAAUGGACUUGCCACUGGUCUCUAUCAUAGAUCAAGACGGUCAGUCACCGGUCCAAUCAGCAAUUUAGAUGUGAUUAAUAAGCAAACAAGAUCAACAAGCACGGCUGGACCAACAACAGCAACGGGACCUGAAUCAUCUUCUGUAGUUCGUUCUCGUGCUCUUAAUCGUCGGGUCAUUUUGAAUGUUGGUGGCAUUAAACAUGAAGUAUUAUGGAAAACAUUGGAAAGACUUCCUCAUACGAGAUUAGGACGUUUGCGUGAAUGUACAACACACGAAUCGAUAAUGGAAUUGUGUGAUGACUACAAUCUGAUCGAUAAUGAAUACUUUUUUGAUCGACAUCCUCGUUCCUUCUCAGCUGUUCUCAACUUUUAUCGAACAGGUAAACUUCAUCUGAUUGAAGAAAUGUGUGUAAUGGCAUUCAGUGAGGAUCUUGACUAUUGGGGUGUAGAUGAACUCUACCUGGAAUCAUGUUGUCAGUACAAAUAUCAUCAACGGAAGGAACAUGUUUAUGAAGAGAUGAGGAAAGAGGCUGAAUCCUUGAGGCAAAGGGAUGAAGAGCACUUUGGUACUGGUAAACUCGCUAAAUAUCAAAAGUUUUUUUGGGACAUCAUGGAGAAGCCACAAUCAUCAAUUAGUUCAAGGGUUGUCGCUAUCGUUUCCAUCUUAUUUAUUGUAUUAUCAACAAUCGCAUUAACACUGAACACAAUUCCUUCCUUACAAGAACGUGAUUCAAGUAAUGAACCAAGUGGUGAAAACAGUCGUCUAGCUGUUAUUGAAGCCAUUUGCAUUGCCUGGUUUACCCUUGAAUAUGCCUUAAGAUUCAUCUGUUCACCCAAUAAAUGGAAAUUUUUCAAAUCUUAUUUAAAUAUAAUUGAUCUUCUUGCCAUAUUACCUUUCUAUGUUAGCCUUGUAAUUGAACGCAAUAACCAUUCAGAGGAUUUUGCUGAUGUUCGUCGAUUGGUCCAAAUAUUCAGAAUCAUGAGAAUCUUGCGUAUUCUCAAGCUUGCUCGUCACUCCACUGGCCUUCAAUCCUUAGGUUUCACACUCCGCAACUCAUACAAAGAACUGGGACUUUUAAUGCUUUUCCUCGCCAUUGGAAUAAUGAUCUUCUCUUCAUUGGUCUAUUUCGCUGAAAAAGACACCAACAAAGCAUUCACUUCGAUCCCUGAAGCCUUUUGGUGGGCCAGUAUUACGAUGACUACAGUCGGUUAUGGUGAUAUUUAUCCAGUUACCACAGCUGGUAAGAUUGUUGGAGGUGUUUGUUGUGUUUGUGGUGUACUUGUUGUUGCUCUGCCCAUUCCCAUUAUAGUCAACAAUUUCGCUGAAUUUUAUAAGAACCAAAUGAGGAGAGAAAAGGCCUUGAAACGAAAAGAAGCCCUCGAACGAGCCAAACGUGAAGGUUCAAUAGUCGCCUUUCCUCAUGUUAAUCUACGUGAUGCCUUUGCAAAGUCAAUGGACAUUAUUGACGUUCUCGUUGAAUCUGGUCAAACGCAAACCCAACAGGAUACUGGAAGUGUCGGUGGGGAUUCGAUACGGUUCACAAGUACUGGAGUUGGCUGUUUUCGCAGUUAUGACCAUACUAUGUCAACUGGCCACUCAGCUCAAUUAACCCGUGAAAAAUUACGUCUUGCUCAUUAUCAUCAAGGUGAUCGUUCUAAUGGUACCAAUUUGAUGGAUCUUGAAUUGAAUCCACGAAUGGAUGUCAUUACCAGCGACAAUGAAAAUAUCAAUACUGCAAAUAAUGGAAUUACCAAUGGAACUAAUGUUAAUAUAAAUACAACUAGUGACAAAUUUUUAACCAACGAUUCAAUGAAUGGUGUUAUUGGGUUGAUUGGAACCUCAUCUACAUUAUCAUCUUCAUGUGCACCAAAAGCCUUAUCAAUCAUGCAACAGGAAACUAGUUCAAAUUCUGGUGCUCAAUCAUCAUCUGCUGAGCGGAUAAAGGAUUUUCUUGAAGAGAUUGAGCAAUCUUUAGUUAGUGCUGGAAAUAAGCAUGACUUUAAUUCAGAGGGAUUGAAUGAAGAAUUAAUAUCUUCCAAUAGUCGGUCCGUAUUGAUGAGCAGAGUAAACCGUUCAAUUGGACAGACAGCGAUUCAAGAGAAUGGGAUGAAAAAAGAUUCAGAUUCUUCUGAAGUUGGCUCAAUGGAAUCCUGCAAUACAUAUUCCAGUUGCUUCUCAACUUUUCAUUCUUCCUUAUUGGACAUUCCAUCCGAUAUUGUUAAUUUAAAAGACUGUUUUACAAAUAAGAUGAUUAAUCAACAGCCUAUCUCACCUCUACCAUCAUCAUCGUCAACUAAUAUUACCUCACAAUCAAAUCUUCAGCUUCAAAAUCAACCGACAAAUAAAACUGAUUCAGCAUUAACUACCAAAAUCAUUGCUGAAUUAACACCUCAACAAACAUCAUUAACAUCACAUUCAUCACCAGCACUAGCACCAACACCGCCACCAACGUCCACUCCACCGCCACAUCCUCUUACUUUACACCUUGCUUCAUUACCAGUGACACCUGUAACAUCACCAGUGCCUCCCGCAAUCGAAUCAAUUUCAAGUCCAUCAACUUCAAUUCAAGCAGAAUUAACAAGAUCAAAUGAAAUUGAGACCAAUCAUGAAAGUGAUACCAAUGGCGAUGGUAGUCAAUCCAAUGCCAUUUUGACAACAGAUGAUCAGGCUCCUUUACUUGCUCAAAAUGUAUAUAUUAAUCCUCUUUAUAAAUCCGACCCGUUGUAGCGCCGAUCGAUUUUUGAAUAUAAUUCCGAUUGGAUCAACGAUCAGGAAGUUGGUUCAAGUGACGUGAAAAUGGUAGACAACUAAAUGCUCAAGCCUGAUUCAGUUCAGUUUUGCCCAUAUUUAAUUCUUGGUCAAUUUUCAUUUGAAAUGGAAAGGUUUACUUACUGAUGUGUACACAAUUACCGUUGAUUCCAAUAAUCAACUAAACUUAGUAGCCUUAAUUGUUGUAAAUAGCGGGCAAUGUGUUGAAAAUUGAAACUUUACUUUGUCUUGCAAUUGUUUUUAUGUUGAUAACUAUUCAUUAUUAUUUAUUAUUCUUACAUUAUUUGUACUAAGCUUUUUCAAUGUUUUCUCAUUCUUCACAUUCGAUCUUGUGUUUGCUAUUUACACUUGAAAUAAGAAAUCAAAUCAAAAUUACAGGGCUGUUGAAGUUCAGGUGAACAUUUGUUGAACCAAAAAAUUACUUGCCUUUUUCAAUUACCUUUUUGCCAUUUCUUGAAGCUUUAAAAAUUUGUGUUUAUUUUUUUCGAAUUCUCGUGAUUGAACUGAAUACUGCGAAUCUUAAAAUUUCAUAAGAAUUAGCUAGAUGUAAAUAAUUGAAUUUAAAGGCAAAAAUUUGGGGACCCAAAACCUUGGACUUUAGCAGCCUUGUCUGAUCUAAAUGACAUAAUUUACACUUGUAAUAAUUUACCUUCAUUGAAUCUCAAUCUUUUCAAAGACUCAAUUAAAAGAGUUUCUAAUUUAA